AUGGGUAAAUAUAAGCACUUCGGGACGCACAGCUACAUUUUAGUGAGCAUCUAUCUCAAUCUACUAGUAGAUAGAGACAUCUGGACAAAAACAGCCCCUCAUUGACAGUGAUCUUUGCAGGCACCUACCAGAAGACGAACACCAUGUGGUUAAUAGUGGCACUCUCUCUUCUGGGUCUGAUUUCUUCACCAGUUGGAGCGCAGUCCUGUGGUGGUGCCCUGACGGCCUCCUCUGCCACCUUCUCCUCUCCCAACUACCCUUCCCGGUACCCCAACAACCAGAACUGUCAGUAUGAUAUCCGGGUGGCAUCCGGACACAAGGUCAUGCUGACCUUCAACUCGUUCGAACUUCAGGAUGCGUCCUGGAGCGGCGCCUGUACGGACUAUGUGGAGAUAUAUGACCUUUUCGCCUCCAAUUACGAUGUGGGCCGCUGGUGUGGCCAUGACAAGCCGCCUGCAUACCUCAGCGCCUCCAACUCCAUCCUAGUGCGCUUCGUUUCCGACGGAGCCACACGCCGAACGGGAUUCUCUGCCACUUACUGGACGGCCACAUCUGGGUCUGUGACCACGCCAGACACUACAGCGGAAAUCAACAGCGCUUCUUGCGGUACGCCAGAUUUUGCACCGUAUUUGACGAGGAUCAUAGGAGGCACUGCCGCUCGCCAGGGCAGCUGGCCAUGGCAGGUGUCCCUGAAAGACAGUUAUAACGGGGGUCACGUGUGUGGAGGGUCUCUGAUUGCUCCGAACUGGGUUCUGACAGCAUCACACUGCGUGGAAACGUCAUACAACAACCCUUCAAGGUGGACGGUGCGUGUGGGGAGCCACACCAGGGAAUCCACGGACAGUACACAGCAGGACUUUUCUGUGUCUCGAAUCAUCAUGCACGAGAAUUACAACAUGGCCUCUCUGGACAAUGACAUCGCCCUGAUGAAGCUGAGCGGGUCCGUAACCCCCAGCUCCUACAUCGACACCGUCUGCGUGCCAGACUUCACCUUCUCCACAGGCACCGAAUGUUACGUCACGGGAUGGGGUACAACCGGAAGCGGUUCGUUGGCGACCACGCUGCAGCAGGCAAACGUGCCCAUCAUCGCCAGGUCCACCUGUAACCUGGCUUCCUGGUACGGCGGCGCCGUCACCAGCAACAUGAUCUGCGCAGGCCACGCCAUGGGGGAGAUAGACUCUUGCCAGGGUGACUCUGGUGGCCCACUCGUGUGCUCUAGCGGAGGGAAGUGGUACCAGGCCGGCAUUGUCAGCUGGGGUUACGGCUGCGCUCAGCCCAACCGGCCCGGCGUCUACACAAACGUCAAGAAUUACGUCCAGUGGAUCCAGGACAAACUGCAGCAGUACUCUUAGGUACCACGUUAGGGAGGCCUACGCUACUCGCAGUAACAGAUGUGGCAUGUUUAGACAUAAACAUCUCCUAUUCUUAGCAAUUUUAAUUUGAUAAUAUUCUAUGAAUCAGCGUAAAAGUUGUCCUUACUGUUUAUUGUAACAUCUGUCUGGCUACACAAUCUAAGGCAGUUUAAAAAUCGAUAAAAUGUUUACCAAGGGUGAGCUAAUCACAGGUUUGUGAUAGCAAAACGUGUAUUGUUUUCGCUCUCGUCAAUGAACGCCGCUAUUUUGUUUUCAAAGGGAGUGCUGUAUAAUGGGAAGGGGCAUCGCCAUUUUGGUGUGUUAAUCUUAACGUGGAAUGUUAUGAGCGUGUUGUUGCGUACUUCUUGGAAAUAAAGGGACGACAGUCACA